AUGUCAGUCUCGACCCGGCAGCCUGCUCGCCCACGACGAAUUGACGAUGCACUCUCGCAACUCGUCGACUCCCUAACCCCGCCGCUCCCCAUCACCGCCCUCCAAGACGAUGACCUCUCCGAUGUCGACGAAGCCCUCGCUGCCGCCGAAGAACGCCGCCAUGCUGUCCAGCUUGAACACGCCUGGCACAUCCUCGACACCCAUCCCAAUGCCCCUACCAAUCCGGCCGACGCGGCCUCCCCAGGUGGCCGCCGUGGCACUAUCUCCGACAACGUCAACAAUGCCGCCGACCUGAUCAAGCGCAAAUUGCGACGCGAGCAUGCGAGCCCCGAGCUGGCUGUCAAGUUCUCAAACUUGUACUCCAAGCUUCUGACCCAGCCCGUCCUUUCGCAAAAAUGGGGCAUUCUGUACCUCCUCUACAAGCUAUCUGGGGACUCCGAGCACGACCCCAAUGACCGCAGCCGAAGCCCGCUCAUGGAUGACGGGAACUUACACAACAUGCUUGGUCGGGGAAGGAGCGCAGGGCGCUCGGCAGGCGCACGCGCCGUGGACUCUGAGGACGACGACGGGCCUGCCGUCAGCUCGUCUGCGUCCCAGCGACCCCCGCAGGCAUCCCGAGCCGAGCGGCAGAGCACGCUGCGCGAGGAGUGGGAGGCAGAGUUAGGCGCGUACGAGAAGGAGAAAGAGCGUGUGCGCGAGGGAAAUGCGUACCAGUCUAGCUUUCACGAGGCGUCGGCUGAUCGGGACGAGGAUAGAAUGCGGCCAUCGACGGCCAAGCCGUCGUUCAAUGAAGCGCCGCCUGAUUCUGUAGAGAAUAGGCUCCUGCGAGAUCUGCCGUUCAAUCUACAGGGGCUGUCUUCCAGCCAUAUGCAUUUUGAGUCGGACUCUGCGAUCGACUUGCCGAACAACUUGCCGGUGCCGAUGAUUUCAUUGUUGAAUUCUUUGGCUGAACCGUGCCUUCUGUAUAAGGAGCUGUCUAUUUUUGUGGAGAGCUCGGAAGGUGGUCUUGUGAAUCAGAGCUUGCGGGCUGCUAUUGCGAAUGAACUGCGUUCCUACCUUGGGCUGGUUGCGACGCUUGAGGCGGAAAUUCGCCAGGCACUUGUUGCUAUUGGGGAUGCGAGUAAUAUCAAGGGCAUGAGGAAAGGAGGUGUCACUCUGAAACGGUGCAUGGUUUGGACUAGGGAUGCUACAAUGGCGCUCCGGUUGAUGAGUAUUAUUGUGGAAGAAUCGCGAGAUAAGAAGGGAGGUCAAUUGAUUUCUCUAAUCCAUGGCUACUCUUCGUCGCAUGGGGACCCGUUUGUGGGCGCAUUUGCUGAGAAGCUACUAGCUCAUGUCACGCAGCCUUUCUACGACAUGCUGUGGUCAUGGAUCUAUGAGGGCGAGUUGACAGAUCCGUACCAAGAAUUCUUCGUUGCAGAACGUCCGCCCGAGCAUUCCAAUGAAGAUCCAAGACGUUUUGCGUCAAGUGUCUGGGAAUCCAAAUACAAGCUGAGUGAAGAUAUGCUUCCAUCAAUCAUCACUCAGGAGUUUGCCAAGAAAGUCUUCCUUAUUGGCAAAUCUUUGAACUUCAUUCGAUAUGGCUGUGGUGAUUCUGCGUGGGUAGAAGCUUACUCUAAAGAAACGUCGAAAGAACUUCGAUAUGGCGAUACUGCAACCCUUGAGACCUCGAUUGACGAGGCUUACAAGACCACUAUGGAAAGACUGAUCCAUCUCAUGGACACCAAAUUCAAACUCUUCGAGCAUCUACGGGCGUUGAAGAAGUAUCUCCUCCUUGGGCAAGGGGACUUUAUCGCCCUGCUCAUGGAAUCUCUCGCCACAAACUUGGACCGGCCUGCCAACUCGCAGUAUCGACAUACUCUAACUGCACAAUUGGAACAUGCCAUUCGGGCAUCCAAUGCGCAAUAUGACCCCCCAGAUGUGCUCCGGCGGUUAGACGCACGUAUGCUUGAACUCAGUCACGGCGAGAUUGGGUGGGACUGCUUUACAUUGGAAUACAAGAUCGAUGCCCCAGUUGAUGUUGUUAUCACCCCCUACGGUUCCACUCAAUAUCUCAAAGUCUUCAACUUCCUCUGGCGAGUGAAGCGGGUCGAAUUCGCACUAACUAGCACCUGGCGACGCUGUAUGACCGGUGCACGAGGCGUGCUCGCCAAUGUGGACGAUAAGGUCGGCCCAGAUUGGAAGCGCGCCCGCUGCGUCACAGCUGAAAUGAUCCACUUUGUCUGCCAGCUGCAGUUCUACAUCCUCUUCGAGGUGAUCGAGUCCAGCUGGGAUACUCUGCAGGCGGCCAUCUCCAAGCCUGGCUGUACGCUGGACGAUCUGAUCGAGGCACACAGAGCAUAUCUUGAUGCCAUUACUCACAAGGGCCUUCUAGGCUCUGCUUCCUCACGCCACGGCAUGUCCACAUCUGCCUCCGCCCGAGGACCCGAGGAAAGCUUCCUCAGCCAGCUACACCAGAUCCUGAAGAUUAUGCUUGCAUAUAAGGAUGCCGUCGAUGGCCUCUACUCCUUCUCCGUGGCCGAAUUCACUCGCCGGCAGGAGCUCAACGCAAAAAUCGAAACACGCACUGCCCAAGGUCGCUGGGGUGUUACGGAGCGCGAUAUCCUGCCCCGCCGCGCAAAUAGCCGCGGUGGAUCAACGCCUGAUCUCAGACCUGCAAGCUCUGGUCCGGACGGCAUCGAUACUCCGCUCCCACUAUCGGCACAGGAUUUGGCAGCAGACGACCACAUGCUUACCUCUCUUCGCAGCCGCCUGCGCGAGCUCUCGGCUGAUUUCCGCUCACGACUUAAUAUCCUUCUAGGUGACCUGGCAUAUCAGCCUGACGUAGACAUGCGCUUCUUGGGUGUCGUGAUGAACUUCAAUGAUGUCUACGAGCCGGUGAAGCCGCGCCGUCGUUCUGCAGCGCCUAGUUCUAGGGACAAGGAAAAAGAGCGAGAACGAGAGCGAAGUAAAAGGAAGGCUGCUGCUGCUAGUGCCGCUGGCUCUGCCGCUACUGGAUCAGGUACUGAAGGGAGUGCUGCAAAAGAGCCGCGGAGAGAGCGAAGGGAAGCACCGGAAUAA